GCCGCACCGCGCUCCCCGGCACCUCCGGAGCUGGGCGGGCGGCGCGGGGGGCCGGCCCGCCUUCCUCGGAGCCGCCCGCGGUAUCCCCGGCCGGCGCCCGCCGCGAUGGCAGCGGCUGAGCGGGGCUGAGCCCGCCGCCCGCCGCAGCCCUGGGCUCCUCGGGCCCCAGCCAUGGCGAAGCAGUACGAUGUGCUGUUCCGGCUGCUGCUCAUCGGGGACUCCGGGGUGGGCAAGACCUGCCUGCUGUGCCGCUUCACCGACAACGAGUUCCACUCCUCGCACAUCUCCACCAUCGGUGUUGACUUUAAGAUGAAGACCAUAGAGGUAGAUGGCAUCAAAGUGCGGAUACAGAUUUGGGACACAGCGGGGCAGGAGAGAUAUCAGACCAUCACCAAGCAGUACUAUCGACGAGCCCAGGGAAUAUUUUUAGUCUACGACAUUAGCAGCGAGCGCUCUUACCAGCACAUCAUGAAGUGGGUCAGUGAUGUGGACGAGUAUGCACCAGAAGGUGUCCAGAAGAUCCUUAUAGGGAAUAAGGCCGAUGAAGAGCAGAAACGGCAGGUGGGAAGAGAGCAAGGGCAGCAGCUGGCUAAGGAGUACGGCAUGGACUUCUAUGAAACAAGUGCCUGCACCAACCUCAACAUUAAAGAGUCUUUCACACGUCUGACGGAGCUGGUGCUGCAGGCCCAUAGGAAGGAGCUAGAUGGUCUCCGGACACGUGCCAGCAACGAGUUGGCACUGGCAGAGCUUGAGGAGGAUGAGAGCAAACCUGAGGGCCCAGUGAACUCUUCCAAAACCUGCUGGUGCUGAGGGUCCUACGUGGAGCGCCCACAAGUCCCCCCUCCCCUCAGGAGGCCCGCGGGCAGACAGGGAGUCUGGGCUUUGCCCCGCUUCUCCUCUCAUUUGGGUGACCCUGUGGAAUAUCAGUAGCUGCUGCUCCCCCUGCCUGGCCCUGAGAGCGACUCCGGAGCGACCUGGCCCUCGCUAUCGUCUCUGAGCAGCCCCAGCCCCGCCCCAGCCCCGCCCCCGGAGUGGCAUCUCCAGUCCCAAUCCCUAGCUGCAGGCCUGCUCUGAGCCCCAGUGCGCCUGAGCGCCCUCAACGCCCAGCUCCCCAGGCAACGGCCUGUCCGGAGCCAAGGCCACUUUAAGGCUCCUCUCAGUGCAUCUUGUCUCCUGUCUGCUUUUUUCUCUUCUUCCCUGUUCUCUUUGUCCCCUCAAGCUCUUUCCCUGUGUGGCCUGCUUUGUGGCUGCUGAUGCAGCAUCGUUCUUUCCUUUCCUCCUAACCCCGUCCGAGGGAAAGGACUCAGGCUUAUGGGGAUGUUCCGUCUCUGCUCCUGGGAGAACCUUCGCCCUGCUUUGUGAGUGGGCCAAAGGUGAUGGGGUGCCUCUUCCCGUCCUCUGCUCCCCACCGCCCGUUCUGUGCCAUGGGCCUGCCUCCCCUGUGACCUGGGAAAGUGGACCAUCGAGGUAGGAAGGAAACACCAAACGCAGUCCUUCGCCUGGGGCUGUGCUACCUCUCCCUGCCGCCCACCUUCCACUCCAGCUUCAGCCUUGCUCGCCCCCCUGCCCACCUGCCUCUCAGGGAAAUGAGCUUGGAGGCAGGUGCUUCAGAGAAGACAAAAAUGAUGAGGGGCGGCAGGGGCAAAAAUCACCUCCAUUCUCUACCUCCCACGCGGUGUGUACACAGCUUCUCCCACCUGGGCUCUUGAAUUUAAAGACGUGAACCAAAGCCUGAGGGCACCGCCGGGGCAAGGAGAGCCCCGAGGGAGUGGCUGACAAGCCAACUCAGAAAGAGGAGCAUUUGUAAAUGGAGGAAUAGUUACUAUAAAUCAAGUUAAUAGCAAGGGAGAGCAGGCCAGGGACAGUAGUUUGCAAACCAAAGGAAACAGGGGCUCCCUGCGCCCCACCUUCCAGUUCUUGUGGAAGAAGAGCAUUUCCCCACAAGUCCCUGGCAGGUGAGAGGUGGGGCUUCACAGAACCCAGCCUUCAGCCCAAGGCUCUCCUGAGACCCCAAGUUUGUGGCAGAAGAGCAGGGACUUCGUGGGAGAAAAGGAGGCAGGCCUUGCUCAGUGCUGUUCUCUUCAGCCUCUAGACAGAGUGCUCACCUUGCCCCUCUAGUUCCUGAGGGGGGGCCUGGAGGGGUUGCCAACUGCCCCGUGGGCACUGUGGCUGCAGGUGGAGGGAACAGGACUCCUCCAGAGCUCUUUGCUCGGGAAGAGGUGUUUUACCCCCGUAGAGCCCAGGGAAGAAACAAGUGAGUUACCAGCUCUCGCAGGGCUCCUCCUUACCUUCCUCAGGAGGAUCACUCUCAAGCUUCACACUAGCUGUGUUGCAUGGCUGGGGCUGGAGCCAAAAAAUCACUGGGCAUCAAGCAUUCACCAACUACAGACCAAACUUCAGGGCACACCCAUGUGAAGGAUUAAGAGCCCCACUUCCUUACUCCAAAACAGUGGGGGGAUAAAAUCAUCAAACCUUUCCUCCAGCCUCUUAUCAAACCAGGAGGUGGUGGCCGAGGCCGUGGGAAUGGGGAUGGGUUGCACAGUGAAGGAAAAGGAGGCAGGAACAGGUGUAAGUCUGAUGAGGAAGGUAGAGAGCUGACUCUAGGAUGAAGUCAUGAGUGCGGCUAGGGAUGCUUCCCUGAGGACUCCUCGGGUGUCGGGACAGAAUCAGCAUGGCCCUGGGGGUCGGGGGGUCAGUAAGGCCAGCCCUCAACCCAGACUUCAGAAGGGGGAAGUCAUACUUGCUUUGGCUUCCACUUGUGUGUCGUAUUGCAGCUCUCCCUGAAGAUCAGGCAGAGCGGUACUGCCUUUCUCCUGACCCCCUCGGGACAGAGGAACUCUAUUUUAACUGUGUACUAGGGGUUCUGGAAGGGAAACCAAGGGGUUGAGAGUCUGUGGCCUGAGUGGCCCCGUUCCAGGACCACAGCCGAGGAAGGUAUGGGGGUGGGAAGAGUUGGGGUGUUAGGGUGCAGUUCCUCUCAACAGGUACCGGAGUCAGCCCCUCGCCCCUAACUGCUGCCGUCCAGGAGGUGGCCCGGGGUCUGGCACCAGGCCGCACUGUCGAGCAGGUGCUCCUGCCUGUUUACGCCUCGCCACCUCUGCACCUGCUGCCCUGAGACUCAGCCCAGCCCCAGGCCCUCCGCCUGCUCCUGAGCCCCCACCAUCUCCUUGUGACGGGUGAACUUUGUGUCCUGUGUCUCGGGUCCAGUAUAUGAAUUGUGAGCAGGGUUCAUUAUUUUAAACACAGAUGUUUACAAAAUAAAGAACAUUUCAAACUGCA